UCUGGUCACCCAUCGCUGCUGGUCGCCGCAUCGUUAUGUCGUGCGCAGGUCAUACGAGUGCUCAUUAGAGGUUUUGUGUUGUUUUUUUUUUUGCUAGUGUAGUUUCGUGGUCGAAGAGUACAAAGUAAAUCUUGGAGCGAAGUCGAGGCACAGCGUGACCUCGCGUGUGAUCACGCGUCGCGUAAACCGUUGGAAAUGUUAAGACGUACGUUGAUAUACGCUUCCGACGAUUUCGGCUGGGGUCACUGAAGAGUGGUAUUCGCGUGAGCAAUGGCGCGAGCGCCUCGACGCGUCGUAGGAACGACGUGUGUACGGUGUAGAUGAUACAUCGGAGUCCAAUCCGCGUGGUAUGUUGUUUACGUUGCGCGCGAAGAUCUAUCGUUCGCGUUACGACGGCGCAAUAUACAGCUCGAAGGAUCUUGAGCGCGAGCCUCGUCGUGAGCCGCCAUGAGACGCAUUAGCGUUGGCGGUAUGAGUCGGCCAUCCAAAGCCGUGACUCAAGCAAAGAAAGUAGCUCCACCAGCUGUACCAGAUGUGUUUCGACAUUCUGGUUCCUCUUUCGGCUCGGCUGGAUAUGCUAGCAGCGAAGAUAAUUGCUUCCUCUCUGGAAGCGGCCCCGGAGGUACGACAGACGAUGGUUCCUACGUGGUGCCAUCUGGAAAAAGUCCAGGACCUAUUUUUACACAUUCGGGCUUCACCUUUCCGCCGGUGAUUGGCAAGUAUGCCCACGCCGAAGAUCAAGGUAUUGAUAUGACCCAGAGUCCUGGUAGAGACAGUCCUGGUAGUUCCGGAUCAGGUUCCGGUUCUAGACAUUCUAGAGCGUCUGGAUAUCACUUAGGACUUAGAGGGCCCGGUGCUCUUGCUUCGUCUCCUAGAUGCUCUAUUAGUUCACUCGGGAGUCAUCCUGAUCGACCGACUGAUCUUGACGUCGUUCACGCUUGGUUAACUGAACUCCAAUUCGAGGAAUACUUUCCUUUGUUCGCUUCCGCAGGUUAUGACCUUGCAACUAUAACGCGUAUGACACCGGAGGAUCUUACGGCUAUAGGUAUCAAAAAACCUAAUCAUAGGAAACGACUAAAAGCGGAAAUAGAUAAUUUAAAUAUAGGAGAUGGUUUACCAGAACAUGUGCCUGGAUCGCUCGAAGAAUGGCUCAGGCUUCUCAGACUUGAGGAAUAUCUUGGUGCUCUUCAUCAACAGGGUAUGCGAUCCGUCGAAGACGUGACAACUCUCACUUGGGAAGAUCUGGAAGACAUUGGUAUAGUACGGUUAGGACAUCAGAAAAAAUUAUUGUUAGCAAUUAAAAGAGUUAAAGAUAUUCGCGCUGGCAAGCGUAUACAACCACUUGAUCUUGCGCGCUUGCCGCCACAUCCUGGGCAUACGCAGGACGUUGUUAUUCAACGAAGUGGACCUGAUUUACCAUCACCUGAUGAAAAUUGUUCUUCGCCUGUACUUAGAUCUUUUCAAAGAGGUGGAAGCGAUACUACUUCUGAUGUUACUUGGAAAAGUAUGUAUGCCGCGUUUCCAACUGAUUACAAUACAGUUGGCCGUACUAGCUGCCGAGGAAAAUCUUUGGAAAGUCUAGAGGAUGCGCCUCUUGGUUAUCCUCCAUCACCAGCUCCAACAUCGCAUCCACAAUCCCUCGAUUGGCGUCCACGCAGUUUUGAAGAUGGUGAUCUUACACCCACGAAUGAUUCCGUUGUAGAUGCUGGUGGGGGCACUCUUCCACGACCAAGACAUUGUCUCGUUCGUCCACGACCUGUAGCCAAGGUCACUGCAACACCAGGUCAAUAUAAAUCCUUGCCGAGAGACUUGAAUAACAAGUAUCAAUUAACAUAUGGACUCGAAAGUAGUCCACAUCUUCCAAAACGAUGUCCUCCAUCACCUCCAAGGCGACAAAGCUCUAGAGAUACAACUAGUUCUUCCGUAAUCGCUGUUGGUGGCUCGGUGAUCGGUGACGUCGUAAUAGACUGCAGCGGACCGGUGCCAACCGCUUCAUGUGACGAUCAUCUUAUUCAUCAUCAUCAACAUUUGCUUCAUCAUCCAUCGCCGCCACCACCAGCGCCUACGCCGGUGCCUACGUCAGCAUCUUCCACACCACCGCAAUUAAAUCGACCAUCUUCUUCCAUGUCACGUUCUUGGGGUAGCGUUAGCGUUAACAUUAACGAAGAACACGAGUUAAUUGCAUCUCUCGCUCUGCAACAUCGCAACGGAUCAGAUGCUAGUUUUAAAUCAAGUUCCAGUACAGAAUCAGAUUCGUUGCCGUUUGCCAAUGAGAAUGCCGGUACGAUAAAACAAAGGGCCAACCGAGCACAAGAAUAUAUAACGGGUGGUCCUAAUAGUAGUAUAAGUGGUCAUAUAGUCAAUCAUCAUUCCAAUGGCGGAGAACCUGCGGAUGUUUUGAACGACAUUGGGAAUAUGCUUGCCAAUCUUACAGAUGAGCUCGAUGCAAUGCUCGAAGAAGAGAAACGCCAAGGCCUGAACUCAUAAUCAUCACUGCCUUCGUUUGCACUUUUCUAUCUAACUAAAGUUGCCAUAGAAAUGCAGGCUUUGAUACAUGAAAUAAAUAAACUUGAUUAGUGCAACGUGUACACAAUUAGAUACAAGUGAAUACAAUUCAUGACGAAAUAAAUUGAUAGAAUCGUGUUGAGAAUCGAAUUCUAAGAUCCACAAAGAUGCAAAUAUUUACCAAUAUAAAUCUAUGUCUUCGUUGCGAAAAGAACAGAAUCUUUUAUUCCAAAAAGAAAAUAAAUUACGUCAUUCGAAAUCGAUGAAACUAUUGUUUCAUAUUGUACAGAUUAAUGAAUAUCCAAAAUACAUCUAUUUUCGCGUGAUUUAUGUUUUGUUUUGAUUUUUUUUUUUUUUCGAUUCUUUAUUGGGACAAAAAUACUUUAUACUUUUGCAUAGAAACAUCUUGAAUGUGCCAGCAAAUUUCCAAACGCAGUUGUGGUAUUACAUCUAUACUGGUAUUGCACAAUUUUUUUCUACUUCUUUUUGGAGUAAUAAUCAUAUUCCUUUUUAUUAGUCUUUUUUUACAAUGGACAAUAUUACAAAUGAGUGAUAAUACAAUACGUGUUGCUCUAUUCUAUAUAAAUUAGGGCAAUCCAAAGUAUUCAAACAAAUAUGAAAUACUGACGUAGCAAGGAGAGGGGGAAGGGAAAAAAAUAUUAACAAAUAUAAAUAUAUUUGUAUAAUUAUAAUUUGUACUACAGAUCGUAUUGCAAACAAUUCGAAAAGAACACAUGUGUUUUCUGUAUAAAAUCUUUUUAUAUCUGUAACAAAUUUGUAAUUAAUCAAAUCUAACUCCUUUUCUCUAUAAAAUUUGAUUUUCGUUAAUAUACGUACAUUCCAAUUGAUUUUUCCAUUUCCGUCCUUCCUUAAAUUGAUAAUAUGAUAGAAAUCGAAAAUUUUCUCAUAGUUGACUUUGUAAAAGAGCAAGAGGCAAGGAAAGAUAGUUGUGUUCACCCAAAUAAAGCAGUCCCGAAUGUUAGAGACAUAUUCAUAGAAAAAUUGUUACAAUGAUAAAGAAUAAAGAAUUAACAGCUGCAUCUUGUAUGAAUUUAUAAGCUUUUGUAUGAUUUUUUAGAAAGUCACAGGAUAUAAUUCGUUAACAAGAGUUUUAUAAGAAAUGUUAUCAAUCGUACUUAGACUUUCAAGGUAAUAUGGUUUAGUACAGAAAUAUAAGUAGUGUAUGCUAAUUAACACUUUGUAUUGUUAUCUGUACUAAUUAAUUUAGAAAUAUAACUUACUAUUAUUAUAUGACACACUUAGAUAGUGAAGCAGUGGAAAGUAUUCAUAUGUAUUAAAUCAAAGUAGCUGUGGAGACACUUUUGAGAUAAGACUCGAAAUGAUCUUCCGAAAAUGUAUGUUACUAGUAUGUUCUGCGAUCUGGAUGUAUUUUGCAAGAAAUUUCUUUUACAAUGUACUAUUUAUAUGAGGGUUAACCAGAAAAUAAGUUCCGAUGGCCUAUUAAAAGAAAACAAGUCUAUACUUACA